GCUCCUCCAUUCCCACUGAAUGUUAUUGGAGCAGUGCUAACGGCUAGCUCCUCAUCGACUCCUCUAAACUCAGAACUCAGGUUCUCCUCAGCGUGUGCUGGUGAACCGCGCCCGCUCCUGAGUCCCGUCCUGAAGAACAGCAGCAUGUCCAGUGACCCUCCUCCGCCGUACCCCGGGGGCCCCAGCGCCCCUCUCAUAGAGGAGAAGAACGGACAGCCUCCGCUCUCUGGCUCGGCCCCGGUAACGAGCGGGCCCCCACACGGACACCCGCUGCCUCCGGAGUACGGCCCUCCGCCCUACGAGGCCACCAUGCAGCCGGGCUUCGUGCCCCCACACGUGCCAGCAGGUUACCACCCUCCCCCCGGACACUUCCCCCACCCCAUGGCGGGGCAGUACGUGCCCGGGCCGAGUCACUGCGGGCCGGCUGUGGGUCACACGGCCACUGUGAUCGGCCCGCUGGGCGCCGCCACCACGGUCACGGUGCUGCAGGGCGAGAUGUUCCAGUCGGCGCCGGUGCAGACGGUCUGCCCACACUGCCAGCAGGCCAUCAUCACGCGCAUCAGCCACGAUGUGGGCCUCAUGAACACGCUCUUCUGUCUCUUCUGCUUCUUCGUGGGCUGUGAUCUCGGCUGCUGCUUGAUCCCGUGUCUGAUCGACGACCUUAAGGACGUGACGCACACCUGCCCCAACUGCAAGGGCUACAUCUACAAAUACAAGCGCAUAUGCUAACAGCGCUUCCUAGCGCUCAGCCUGGAUGUACUCACGGCUCCGUCCCAUGCAAAUUUGUGCAUUUUUUUUUCCUGCUUUUCAUUCCCCAGCUUUCUUUGUUUGUUUCUUUGUUUGUUUUUCCUGUUUAUCCACUAACGGCUGUAAAUAACUAUUUAAAAGAGGUAGAUUUAGUCCUAGCGCAAGAUUCAUUUAAAUUAGAGCUAAGAAGAAGGGAUGAUGCGGGAAUAGAAACGUUUCUUAACAAUACUGUGAGGAUUUUAUUUGAAGUCACAUGAUGUAAAUGAAGUCCAUUUUAGGGUCGAUAUGAUUUUAUUUUUUUUAGUCAUGUUUAUUUAAUUCCGUUAAGUUAUAACAUGAUUGUAUAGGUAAUUAUUCUAACAAGCUAAUAUGAAAGAUUUUUCAUGUCUGUGAAAAAACAAAACAAAAACAACAGCAGCCAAGGACUAGCAUCUGCAUUGCGCGGGUGGUUACUGGUUACUAGUUACGGUACGCGAACACUAACAUGUUUAUACUCUCACACUCGAGGCAUUUUUUUCUAACCAGAUAGUUUGCGUUCGCGCGGUCCAUCAUUCAGGCUCGUGUAGACCUGACACACUGUCAGAAACCGUGAUGCAGCUACACACACACACACACACAACCACACACAAUCAGCGCUCCUGUAUGAUAUUAUGAAAUUAUUGUAUGAAGAAGAAACAUUCGACAGCUUUUGCACUUUAUUUUAACGUUUAUUCUGUCUGUUGUUCUGGACUGUGAAUGUUAUCACGGACACUUUACCGCGCCUUCUAGCGCUCGUGUGCUUUUAGUCAACCUUAAAGGCAAUUCAGAGACACACACACACUCAUCCUGUCAAUCACAGGUUUUUCUGAUUCUUUAGAUGAUUUAUUCUGAUACAAUCAUUAGCUGAGUGAGAAAGAGGGGGAGGAGCCCGUUAAGCUCCAGGUCGUUAGUUCCGUUAGUUUGUCAUGAGUUAAUUAAAGCAGAUAAUUUAUUCAUCAUCCACAAGAUUACACCGUUCCGUUUCUUGUUUCGGUGCGCACCGUUUAUUCUGCAGGUGUUUUAGAAGUUCGUCUGUGUCACUAGUGAUGGGUCGUUCAUGAACGAUUCGUUUUUUUUGAGUGAGACUUUAACGUGACACAGAAGAACGAGUAUCUCACAGAGUGAUUCGUUAAUUUUCUACUGGGCGCGCAAGCGCAAAGCAUCGCAAAACCUCAUAGUUUAUGUACAGGAAACAGAAAUGAGUAGUUACCUCUGAGUCUUUUGGUCCAAAUCAUUCAUUCUUUUGUCACGUGAAUGUUCUUCUCGAUGAUUCUUCUACUCAGAAUCGUUUGUUCUUUUGUCAUGUGACUCCCACAGACGCUAUGCAGUGCAAUAGAUUCAAAAGAACGAACGACUCGGACCAGAAGAUAAGAUGGUGAGCUGCUCAUUCUGUUUAUUAUAAUGUGUCCGUAGCUGCAUUGUAAUAUUUUCAUUACUGGAACUAUAGACAAAAUUUGUGUAUGUAGACUUAUUGGGGGUCUUUUUAUUGAAAAUGUAACAUUUUAUUUCUAAAUGAUUUUAAAAAAAGCUUUGAAUGAUAUUCAAAGAACCGAGUCACUUAAAUGAUCCAAAAUGUCCCAUCAGUCGUACUCACCGUCAUGUUUCGCUGCUUUCGUGCCCCGUCCAUAAACCUGUGCUACUGCUCCAAGUGACUUGUGGGUUCACGUUGAGUACAGAGAGUUUUUUUUGUUUUACAUUACACAUUUGAUUCAAUUUGUACAGUUUAUUUAACAGAUAACUAGCGGACUCGCGGAUAAUGCUAAGAAUUUGCUACCGACAUUAAAGAGAAGGGAUUCAUUAUUCUGACAACUGUUAGAACAUGUCAUAAAGUGCUACCAGUGUGUCAGGAUACGCUACCUUCGAUAAAUGUUUUUUAGCAUUUAGAACUGAUCGUACGAUAUAUAUAAAUUGUACGUUUCUGCUCCAGGUAGCAGAUCCUGUCAGGGUCGGACGAAAUGAUAGAACACCGGCAUCGUUCAUGCAUCUUUUUAUUUUUUUUUCCUUUCUGCACCUACGGUUCUCUUUUAAUGCAAGACAAACGUGCACCGGGUGUUUAAAGCUUUUUUAUUUU